AUGCAGAAACUGCAGGGCAUUUUGAAGAGGUCGCCAAAAUCUUCUCCUAAGAUCAUCACAGGGAAUGGACAACAUUCGCCUCUGCCUGCGGGCUCUCCUGGGCGAGUGACAGAGGGUUCUGGCAAUACAUCAACACAAACGCCGAAUUCGUUAGGAUUGGCACUGAGUGGGGUGCCUGAUGACCCCGUAAUCAGUUCUUCUAAGGAAGAGAACAUCGCGAAUGUUCUCAUAUCAUCCAAGGCAGAACACCCCCUUCCAGAAGAUCCGGCUGCUAAUUGGUAUGGGUCUCCAAAAUCGCCCACUGCCUCAGCGUUGCCCAGUCUCGGCUUUGUAUCGUAUCCCGGCAUCUCAGCUGAGGACAGCGCUAAACCUCCGGCGCCCGAACAAGCUGUUGCUGUCUCUAGAACAAGAGACAUGAUCAGGAAGGCAUUGGGAAAAAGAUCAGAGUCGCGCGCCUCGAAUCGUUCUCCAAAAAGCUCCCCAAAACAUCAAGCACGCAGCUUAAGCCCAGAAGGAACGAAGGGAGCUGCACUGACAGUUGCUCAUGAUAUCCUCGAUAUUUCUGUGGACCUUGUCGGCUUCGCCCCAAUCCCCGGUCUUCGAGAGGCCGCAAAUAGCCUGCUUAAAAUUUGGUCCCUUGUUCAGGCUGUUGAAUCUAAUAAGAUGGCUUGCUUGCAUCUAGCUGAGAGAUGUGCCUCAAUUCUAGCAUCUGUGAGAGCCGAAGUAGAAGGGGCUGGGCCGGAUGUCCAGCGGACAUUAGAGGAGCCGCUGACUAAGCUGAAUGUUACAUACCAUGAAAUUGAAGAUCUCAUGCAGAAACAAGUCGAGCGCCCGUUCAUCAAGAGGUACUUGAAACGCGAUGAAGUACUGGGGAUCAUUCAAGACUGUCAUGAGAAACUGACUGACAACCUCGGCGCUUUCGGUUUGGCUGUUCAAAUCCGCAUUUUGCGAGAAAUAAAGGCACAGCAGGCGACUGGAAAUGAAAUUCAGGAGCCUUCCAGUCAACCCAUAGCUUCCCCCCCGCCUGCUUAUUCUGUAGCUCCUACUACUGCAGGAAGCACACUCGAACAAAGCCACAUCAGUAUCCCUUCCGACCCCUCGGCUGUUCUUCCUCAAAUUGCUUCACAUCAUCAAGCAAGGUUUAUUCAAGAUUAUCAUGUCGAUUCAGCGGACCUUACGCACAUCAUUCGAGAAGUACUGGGUUCUGGGUCAGAAGCGCGCUUGAUCGAGGUUCUCCAAAUCCAACGACCCGACAUCGCAGAAGCCGUGAAGACGUUGCAGAGGGCUCUAGAGGUCUCGUUGUACCGCUUGAAGGAAGAAAUGAGGUCGUCCAGGUCAAGCCACGAACACGAGUCGAAGACCACAACAACUGUUGAGCAGCUUUCCUUGGAUGACAAGGGUGACAUGACUGUCCAUCGCGAGUUCAUCGAAGAAGGGAUUGAGGCUCUACGAAACAUGGGCACCGACGUGGGAACCAUACCGCCUUGGACAAUUACACGAUGGGAAGUAGAUCGUCACAAAGUCAUAGGUGAAGGUCACUUCAGCAAAGUUUUUAAGGGUGGUUGGAAGGGAAGAACUGUAGCGAUAAAGGUUGUUGCACGCAUCACACCUGCUCAUCUAUUUGUCCAUGAAGCAGAGAUAUGGAAGUCUCUCAAGCAUCCGAACGUGCUUGAGCUGUUGGGUGCUUCGAGCGCCUCCAGCAAUCCUCCUUGGUUCUUUGUUUCUCCCUACAUGGAAAAUGGCAAUCUCGUUAGGUUCCUUCAGCAACAUCCUAAUCAUGGUCGGGCUCUGCAAUUCAUCCAUGAAAUUGCUGUGGGCAUGGCGUAUUUGCAUGGGAAUAAUGUACUUCACGGGGAUUUGAAGGCUAGCAAUGUGCUCAUUGAUGAUAACUUCCGCUGCGUCAUUACGGACUUCGGACAGUCCAAGUUAAAAUCUGAAGCCUAUCGAAUAAGCGGAACUUCGAUGCCAACCACCAAAGUCCAAGGAACUUUGCGAUGGCUCGCUCCCGAAGCCAUGGAUGCCGCAGCACACCUCACCUUUGAGCGAGACGUUUACGCUUUUGCAAUCUGUUGCGUUGAGAUUCUGGGAGAUGGCGCCUUACCUUGGGCUAAUCUUGACAACUUCCUGGUUCGAACAUUGGUGCUAGAAAGAGACCAGAGGCCUGAAAUUCCAAACAGUCCCGAUGCCACAGAAAGGAUGCAGGGGUUGAUACGUGCAUGCUGGGAUCAUAAUCCAGCGGUGAGGCCGUCAUUUGAUGCUAUCGUCACUCGCACAUCAGAGUUGCUACAUGACCAAAACUGGAGCGGACAAGAUAUAACCCCCCAGCCAGGGUUGCUUCCCCUUCAUGACGAGUCUCGCUCUCCUUCAUUGAAUCCAAAAAGUCCUUCCCUUGCACCACAGCGUGGUGAAGGACUUGAGCCUGCAAGUCCAUGGGAUGAUGAAGACCCCCAUUAUGACUCACCCGUAUCCAUCACAUCUGAAGACUCCUUCAAGUCUAUUCAUGAUACCGACCCGCCCGCACACCAAGCUGAAACAUCUCCACCCACGAGGAUGGGAACUAAGGAGAGCUCUGUCUAUUCGGGUCCUAUGGAGCACUCGCAUCUGAUUUCCAGAGAUGAUGCCCCAAGAGAUGGAUAUGUGUCUCCGGUACCAUGCGACGAGAAUGUUGCUGAACGAAAGGACGAGAGGAGAUAUCGUCUAAAUCUGAACCACCCCUAUCACGAAUCAUUGAAGCUGCCAUUAUGGACACCAUCUCAGGUAUACAUCGGGGACGUUGGUUAUCACAAACGACCGCACGGAUCCUUUGUCCGACUCUUCAGCGCGUUCGAUCCCGAUGGCACUUUUGUGACCCAUGGACAGCAUCCUCCCGCGCUUAAGCCCGUCCCGACAGGAACAUUGGUUCACGACAAACGUAACAUUCUCCAAAGAGGUCUCCAGUGGUUCGGGAGUAUCCUUCGGCCGACCACAGGCCAAACCGAUACACCGAGGACCAUAGCGAGACAGUACAGCUUCUUGCUGCGUGCAGAACAUCACAGAUCGAUGAUCGUAGCGGAGUCGACGACCUACAGAUAUAUGCACUCGAUAGAAUCAUCCAAGAGAUGGUUUGCGGAACAUCAAGAAACGAUCCUCAAGCUUUACGGUCGCAAGCAUCAUCUUCAGAAGGAGGACCUUCUGAUGGUAAUUGGAACACUGGACACACGGGAUUAUGCUCUAUAUGGACACGCUCACUUUAAUGUUUAUAGCGAGCGAUGGGAAGGAGAACCAUUCGGUGAAUGGACUACAGACACUAUGACUACCCCUGGUGGGCCUCACUACGAUGAGGAUACCCUGUCCAAUGUGCACUCGGCGAACAAAGUAUCAAAGGUCCGCUCUAAUCCGUAA